UGGGAAAAAAGCAUUCCGCACACCCUUCGGCAUCCUUGACACCGUCGCCGCUGCUGCUACUGGGGCUGAUUCUUCUCUCGCUCUGCUGGGGGUAAAUCCGCUCGUUUGACCGCAGAUUUCACUCGGUUAACGCAAAGCUAGUCGAGACAUGGAUUGGAUCCUAGGGAUUAUCCUCGUCACCGCAAUCAUCCUCUCCGUUCCAUCCAAAAUCGAGGCUCUGAGAAUGAUGGAGCUAGUGAUACCGAAGCACGUUGUGCGGGGGCAGAACGUUAAACUCGAAUGCAACUUUGAGCUGGACAAGGAAACGCUUUAUUCUGUAAAAUGGUACAAAGAUGGUAACGAGUUUUACCGAUACGUCCCGAAGGAAAUGCCGCCCGUUACCAACUUCUUACUACCCGGCGUAACGGUGGACAUUCACAAUUCCACCGAAAGAUUGGUCGUACUCCAAAAGGUCACGCUAAUGAGCUCGGGUCGGUACAGAUGCGAAGUUUCCGCCGAAGCUCCCUCGUUUACAACAGUUUCUGAUCACGCGGACAUGUUGGUUAUCGCUCUACCAGAAGAAGGACCAGUGAUCACAGGAAGGCCUGGACGACAACGAUUCCGAGUCGGAGAUGUUGUCCGUUUCAAUUGCACUUCGUCGAAAUCAAAGCCGCCAGCAAUAUUGAGCUGGUUUAUUAACGGGGAGCCGGUCAAAGCUCAAUACCUGAGAGGCCCGCACAUAACGGGAGUUGAUCACGAGGGGUUGGAAACCCCGGUUUUGGGUCUGGAGUUUCGGUUGCAGUCGAAUCACUUCAAGCGUGGCGACAUGAAGAUUAAAUGUCUCGCGACGAUAGCUACCGUGUACUGGAAAUCGAACGAGCAGAGCAUCGAGGGUGAUAAACCGGUCAAAGCACCGGCCAUGGAAAGCCGCGAGACCAGAGCCCAAGGGCACACUCAUGCCGAGCAUAUUUUGGCGAGCAGUGCUCGGAAGACUAUCGAAUCUUGGCUGAUACUCGUGACAGCAGCUUUAAUUUUACUGCGAUAAAAAGAUACCUUCAACAUAUACACAUACAUACGCCUGCCUCUUCCAAAAAAGCAGCCCAUCAUUUUAGACUUUGUUUGAUGAAUUUCCUUCACGGCGAAGAAGGAGAAAAGAUAAGGAAA